AACCGCCUGUGUGAUCCACGAUCCUCAUAGACGCACUGAAGGGGUUUGCGCUUAUUGUUUGGAAUUUCUUUUAAUAAAAAAUGAAAGAGAGAGAGAGAGAGCGAGAGAAACAACUGGAGAGAAAAGCGCGCUUUGCUUUCGAAUGACAGCAAACAGUAAGAGUGUAUGUUCCCAGACAGACAGACAGGCUCGGCGUGUGUGUGGGUGUGUGUGUGUGUGUGUGUGUGUGGUGUGCGCACCGCGACUACCUGCACACAGAUUUGGAUUAGGACUAAUGAACUGGGGUUGAAUUAUCUCCUCUGGGCUGUUGACCAGACGCCUCGUUGUCUCGCUGUGGGAGUUCUUUUUUUUUUUUUUUUUUUUUUUUUUCUUCUUCUUCCUUUUGACGUCCGGAUUUUGACGAUGCCAGUCCGGACAUCUUCUGUCGCUUUUCCCAAAUGCUCACUUCUGGUGUCGCUGAGGAUUUUGCUUCUUGUGCUUCACGCAGGGUCUCCGGUCUACAGCCAGGGGGAUUCUCAGUCCGACAACAAAGUGAUGGACAACAUCACCGUCCGACAAGGAGAGACGGUCUUCCUCAGGUGUGAACAGGGAGAUGUUGUGACACACACAGCAUGGCUGAACCGCUCCAGUAUACUUUAUGCCGGAGAAGACAAAUGGUCUGUUGAUCCCAGAGUGAGUCUGGUGACCCUUAACCAGGAGGAGUUUACCAUUAAGAUUGAAAAUGUGGACAUGACGGAUGAAGGACAGUAUGUGUGCGCAGUCCAGACAAGCAGUCGGCCGAGAACAACCUCAGUACAUGUUCUUGUCCAAGUGCCUCCAAAAAUCAUCAACUUUUCAAGGGAUAUUGUGGUAAAUGAGGGAUCUAAUGUUACCCUGAUGUGUCAAGCCGGCGGUAAACCAGAGCCGUCCAUCAGCUGGAAAUUUAUCUCCAAUUCAGGGGACCUGGCUUCAGAUGAUGAGCUGCUGGAAAUCUCCUCCAUCUCCAGACAGAAGGCAGGGGUUUACGAAUGCACGGCUGUCAAUGAUAUCGACACGGACGUUCAGACUGUAGACAUCACUGUCAACUAUCCUCCGAGCGUGUCAGAGGGCAGAGAUGCUGGAGUGACUCUGGGUCAGAGAGGAGUGCUGGAGUGUGAGGCCGACGCAGUGCCAGAGGCAGAUUUCGAGUGGUAUAAAGACAACAGAAAGAUCUUUAAUGGCUUUGAUGGCAUAGAGAUCAUCAACAAAGGAUCCCUGUCAAAGCUGACCUUUCAUAACGUGUCUGAUGGUGAUUACGGGAACUACACAUGUGUUGCCGUCAACAAACUAGGCAGUUCAAACACAAACUUCCUUUUGUAUGUGGUAAUUGAACCCACUAGCUCAACACUACUGCAAGGACCGAGAGCAGUUCAGGACGGCAGUGGCGGUGUGAAGACAGCGCACUUUCACACCUGUCUCCUCUUCAUAGCAUUUUUGCCCUUCCUGCUACGCUUUUGAAGAGAAUUGGAUUUGAAAACAAUUGGUUUGUUUGCAAGCGUGCGCGUGUGAGUGAGCGCGUGCGUGUGUAUGUGGGCGUGGGUGGGUGUGUGUGUGUGCGCAUUUUUUUCUCCCACGGAAACAUAAACUGAUGCACAAUGAAGUAUCUUGUAAAGCACUGAUUUUGACCUUCUUAAUAAGUUUUGGUUGUCUUUCUUUCCUCUUUCAACUGAAGAUUUUCAAUAUUUUUGUCUAAAUUAUAUAUAUAAAAAAAAUGUGUUACUUCCUUUGACAUUUAAAAAAGUAACCUGUUAUUUAAAUGUCUUUAUCUUAUUGCGGUGGUUCUUUUAUUUUUAAUCACAUUGAAUAUUAAUCUCAGCUGCAGCAAAAUGCAAAUUUUCAACUAGUAUGAGAGGUGAAUGAUAAAUACCUCAAAGUCAAAGUGAGAGAGUGGAGCAGGAGCAAUGGAGGUUACAUGAAGACAUUAUCAUUUUGUAAUGUAUAUUAUUAUCAUUCAGUCUGCUUUGGAAGCAGAACUGUUUUUGACUUAAAAAUGUUUUUUUCCUUCUCAGCAUUGUAAUAUUAUUAUAAUAUAUUGGAGUUGUGUAAUGCUAACUUUAUUUUAAUUUUCCAAGUAUAUUUAGUCCUGAAUAUGUUGAACAUGAGAACAGAAGAGAUACAAAUUGUAAUUAUUUACAAAUAUAUCAGAUUAUCUGUCUUUGUUGUCUAUUCUUUUUUUUCUUUUCCAAUAUAGCCUGUACACUAAAGUGUUAAGUAUAUUCAUAAUAGUAUUAAGUAUUUAGAAAUGGUGAAAGAGUUUUAUUUCAUUUUUGUAAUGCCAAUUUAUGAAUACUUCUUGUUUUACCUCAUGCCAUUUAUACAUAACAUAAUUAUUUGGAAAAAAUAAAAAUAAAGUGGACCUGCUCACGUUCA